UGUAUUCCCUGCCUGCCCUCUCAACAGUACGAAUCCCCAAUCCUCCACCUAGGUCUAGGUCUAGGGUUUCUUGGCGUAAGCAGUGCGGCGAUGGCGGUGGCGGCGGCGGAGGCGGAAGUGGAGUCCUACAUUAACUAUCUGUUGAUGGAUAUGAGGGAGGCUGAGGAGGCGCAGGAGGAGGCGGAGAGGAGGAAGAGAGGAGGCCCCGGCCGCAAAAUCAAGAAACGGAAGACGGAGACGGGAAAGAGCUCAAAGGCGGCGGCGGCGGCGGCGGCGGUUCCGGUGGAGAUGAGCGUCAGCGAGGUGGGGAGCAGCCCAGCGGAAUCUGAUUUGGCGAGGACGAGGGAGAUUGUAGAAGCAGCCACGGCCAAGAUUCUGGCGCGGAUGAAGGGGAUCGUCAUCAAGGAGCCGGCCAAGACGAUGACAGAGGAGGACGUCGCGGCGGCGGCCGUGUACAAAGCCAAGGCGGAGGAGGCGCGCAGGAACGAGGACCGGCCGGAGGAGUCCAGCGCCCUCCGGAAGUGGAUCGCCACGGGAGACCCCGAGGCCGUCAAGUGCCGCAAGAGGUGGAUUGCGGAAGACAUGGAGGCCCUGAGGCUCAAGGACAUGGAUCCCGACGAGGAUACCUCCGACUGGCGUGCCUUCGAGGCCAAGGAGUUCCGCGAGUUCUGGGAAUAUCUUUAUCCCAAAUCCUUCGGAAAUUUCAAGGACAACACGCGUAUCCCAAACAUGCUUUACACGGACAAGAAGUCGUCAGGUGGCACAGCCCACCCCAUAAGAACUCUGCAGGUCUUUUCUGUCAAAGUUGCGGGGCUACAAGAUGGAGUGCACUGGCCGCUGCAAGUGUUUGGCGUCGUUGCUGCACGAGAUUGUUUGGAUCAUAAUCGCAAUGUUAUCUUCCAGUGCGAAAGGGAUAACUGCCAAAUGAUCCGCAAGGAGAAUCCGUAUCUGACACUGACAGGUCCUAGCCGUGCUAUUGUGGUGGUGGAUCCUGUGUGGUUUGAGGUUGCAUUGAAAGUGAAGGGCGCUACUGAAUCUGAGGAUAAAGAGUUGAGCUAUCACGUCGAUCCUUAUUAUAUUUCCGGCUCAAUGAAUUCCUAUGUGUUCAAUCGCGUCAGGACUAGCAGGCUCAGCACAAUGGAGUUGACAUUGGGUGACAUGGUUCACUCCGUGGAGGCCACCAUCAGUGUUAGAGUGGUUGGCGGGGAGUGGCCACAAGGUUUCCGAGGUGUAUUUACCGCUACUACCGCCAGCAUAGACGACGAGAAAAUCAAGUUGCUUGGUUUCAGAGACGACAAAUUGCCUGUUGCAGCUGAUAGCUCGAUACAGCUCUCACGAAGUGUUGUGUCUGUCGAAGACGACGGGCAGCUGAGAGUCUCUGUCAUGGCGCGUCACCUGGUGGAUCGAUCUGUCAGGCGGGCUUCUGGAGUACUCGCAGCUAAGACAUCCUCCAGAAGCUAUGCUAAACUUGAAGUUUUCUCUUGUAAGAUGGAAGUCACUGUCGCCUGGUCUCUUCUCCCGUACUGGCCACAUUACCGUGACAUGCCGUGUCCUAGCAUAUGAAUGUGGCUUUGGUUUGGCUCUAGGUGCCGGAAGUAGUUAUUUAUCUAUGCAUGUAUGUAUGGUUCGUAGCAUGUGUUAUGUGGUGGUACUGUAGCUUAAGCUGGGUGGGUGGUAGUAGGCCAUAUCCUUCUAUUUGUCAGAAUUACUAUGUAAUAUAGACAGUUCAGAUUCGAUGGUUGUUCCAGUCUUUUAUACAAGCAUGUAUAUGCUUGUAUGA